AUGUUUCAAAUUCAAAAAUAUGAGGUUGAUGCUGAUUUGCAAAACUUGUCUCCUGCUUCAGCGACAGAGCGUUUGAUUAGAAUUAAUGAUAAACUUGAACUUAAGAGAAAAUAUAUCGCAAAAGAGGAAAAUUUUGAAAAGAAACCUGAACUAAUUAAAACUCGGGAAAGCAAUGAGAAUAGCAUUAAAAACAAAAAAAAGAGUAAAAUAAGUACAAAUAAAAGAGUUGUAUCUGAAUUCGAUCCAAUAUUUGAAGUAAAUGAAGAAGACAAAGGAAUAAACUCAGUACACCAAAGACAAAUUGAACCUGAAGAAUUUAAAGUGUUGCAUUCGUUCCCAACAUUUGAUAAACCAAUACAGACACCUCAAGAGGCAGCUGCCAUUAAGCUAUUGGGAAUACCAGAUUGGCUAGCAAAUCCUACUGUCAUAGAUCCAGAAACAAAGCUUUCAAUUGACGAUCCUUCUCUCGGGCUAUCUAUUCGAUUGAAAAAUCGAUGUAAGACAUUAGGGAUCCAUGAAUGCUUUGCAGUUCAGACAGCAAUUAUCCCUUUGUUGGUACACAAUCGAAGUUUAUCAGACAUUCAUAAGCAUCCUGGUGAUAUAUGUGUUUCUGCUCCAACAGGAAGUGGAAAAACGCUCGCUUAUGUUCUUCCAAUUAUUGAAAUCCUUUCAAAGCGCGUAGUAACACGUUUAAGGGCACUUGUUGUUCUUCCAACAAGAGACCUUGUGGCACAAGUUAAAGAAACUUUUGAUGUUUUCUGUAAAGGAACGUCUUUGAAAAUCGGUGUAAUGACAGGUCAACAGUCAUUUAUUCACGAACAAGAACAAAUAGUUGGCAGUUCACCAGAAUUGUUUAUGGGAGGGACAAGUAAAGUUGAUAUUUUAAUUGCUACACCUGGCAGACUAAUUGAGCAUUUGUCACUGUCGCCCAAUUUUACUUUGCAACACUUGCGAUUUUUGAUUAUUGAUGAAGCUGAUCGACUACUUAAUCAAAGUUAUCAAGAUUGGUUAAAUCAUACUCUUAAAGCUAUCUGGCUUAUAAGCAAUGUGACUGAUAAGAGAGAGACAAUUAACUUUGAUUCCAUAGGAUUUUCAUUUAAUAAUGAUGAUGCAAUAUCAUCUAUAACGAUGGAAACUUUCUUUAAUUUUCCAAAAAUGGACAUGUCGGAAACGAAAAUUUCAGCAAUUCAAAAAUUAUUAUUUUCAGCGACCCUUACACACAACCCGGCCAAAAUUGCAAGUUUACGACUUGUAAACCCACAAUAUAUAUCCAUUCAAUCUUUAGAUAAAGAUGAAGCCGAAAUUAAAUAUACACUUCCAACUACAUUGAAAGAAUUUAUGAUUAUCACCUCAUCAUCAAUGAAACCUCUUAUGGUUAUAUAUCUUCUUUACAACAUUCACAUAUCAUCUGCACUUUGUUUUACUAAGUCUGUAGAUUCUGCUCAUAGGCUCGCCCAAUUAAUACAAUUAUUUGAAGACUCAAGGUUAAAAGAGUCUAUUCAAAAAAAUAGUACUAUAGAUGCAAUAACAAGUACUAUCCCUAUGGGAUCGAUAAUUGCUGCAGAAUAUUCUAGUGAUUUAUCAAAGGAUGAAAGAAAAAAUGUUUUAAAUAAGUUCAAACGUGGCGAUAUUCGUUUAUUAAUAUGCUCAGAUUUGAUAGCUCGAGGUAUAGAUUUAGAUAGAGUGAAUACAGUAAUUAAUUAUGAUGUUCCUGUUUACAUGAAAAAGUAUGUACACCGUGUUGGAAGAACUGCACGUGCUGGGCGUAAUGGAGAAGCGUAUAGUCUUGUAGAAACACAAGAGGUGAGAUAUUUUAAAAAUAUGUUAAAAAGAGCAGGACAUUUAGAUAAGGUUAAAAAUAUAAAUAUCAAGUCAAAUGUACUUGACCCUAUGAAGGAUACUUAUCAGAAAGCAUUAAAUACUUUUAAAGAAUAUAUGAAAAAUUCAAGAAUUCAUAUAACUCAAAAUGUUCCUAUUUCUAAUAUAGAAAUUUAUGAAAAUGAUAUGCAAAGUGAUAAUGCUAUUCUAACUAAUAGUUAA